ACGAAAAAAUAAAAUAAAAUAAUAACUACAAAAUGCUUGUAAAAGUAAAAACAUUAACUGGUAAAGAGAUUGAAAUUGAUAUUGAACCUAACGAUAAGAUUUCUCGUAUCAAAGAACGUGUCGAAGAGAAAGAAGGUAUUCCACCUCCUCAACAACGUUUAAUUUACAGUGGCAAACAAAUGGCUGACGAAAUGACUGCAAGUUCUUAUGGUAUUGAAGGUGGUUCCGUCCUUCACUUGGUCUUGGCCCUUCGUGGUGGUCUUUAAUUAUUAUUAUAGGUUUCCUUGUAUAGAACUUUAAUUACUUCAAUAAAAAAAUAAAUAUAUUUGUAUUUAUAUACACAAAUAUAUGCAUUAUAC